AUGGAUUCUAUUCAGCAAAGGAAAACUAGUAUUCUUAUGCUUCCAUGGCUUGCUCAUGGCCACAUAUCUCCAUUCCUAGAGCUAUCCAAGAAGCUGACCUCUAGGGGGAAUUUUCACAUCUUCUUUUGCUCCACACUUGUAAAUCUCAACUCCGUCAAACCAAAACUCCCUCAAAAUGAGCUUGUGGAACUCCAUCUUCCAUACGAUGAGUUGCCUGAACUACCACCUCACUACCACACUACCAAUGGCCUCCCACCCCAUCUCAUGCCCACUCUCAAAAAGGCCUUUGACAUGGCCAGCGAGAACUUCUCCAACAUCCUCAAAACCCUAAAACCAGAUUUGCUCAUAUAUGAUUUUCUUCAACCAUGGGCACCCUCUAGAGCAUUGUCGAAAAAUAUUCCAGCAGUCCAGUUCUUCCCUAGCUGUGCUGCCAUGGCUUCAUUUGGUAAUCAUCGCCAUUGUAAAAGCCCUAGUGCCAGAUUUCCUUUUCCUUCAAUCUAUCUUCGGGACUAUGAGUUAAUGAAGUUCAACAAUUUGGGAAAAUCUCCAUCAAAUGGCCUCAACGAUGGAGAGCGUGUACAGAAAUGCAUUGAACAAUCUUGUAAGAUCAUUUUGAUAAAGACUUCUAGAGAGAUCGAAGCAAAAUAUAUCGAUUAUCUCUGUGGUUUAUUGGGGAAGGUGAUUGUGCCUGUUGGUUCACUGGUUCAAGAACCUUUAGAUGGAGAAGGAGAGGAAACAGAAAUCAUAAAAUGGCUAAACACUAGAGAAAGAUCUUCGGUCGUGUUUGUUUCCUUUGGGACUGAGUACUUUUUGUCCAAGGAGGAAAUACAAGAGAUAGCUCUUGGGUUAGAGCUCAGCAACGUUUGUUUUAUUUGGGUUAUUAGGUUUCCUGUGGGCGAGACCACUAAAAUUGAAGAGGUAUUGCCAGAAGGGUUUAUGGAGAGAGUGGGAGAGAGGGGAUCGGUUGUGGAGGGUUGGGCUCCACAAGCAAAGAUAUUGCAGCAUUCUAGUAUUGGCGGGUUUGUGAGUCACUGUGGAUGGAGCUCUGUUGUGGAGAGUAUCAAGUUUUGUGUUCCAAUUAUAGCCAUCCCUAUGCAUCUGGACCAGCCUCUGAACGCUAGAUUGGUAGAGGAAGUCGGUGUCGGUCUGGAGGUUCGGAGAACUGGAAGUGGCAGCCUUGAACGAGAAGAGGUAGCAAAAGUGAUCACAGAUGUUUUGGUGGAGAAAAUAGGACAGACUUUGAAAGGAAAGGUAAUGGAAUUGAGUGAAAACAUGAAGAACAAAGAGGAUGAAGAGAUAGAUGGGGUGGUGGAGGAGUUGAGGCAACUCUGUAGGACAGGGGAAUCAAGUAGCACAUAG